AUGCUACUCUCACUUGUCCAAACCAUUUACGCAUCACCUUUUCAAUCCAAAACACAAACUCACUUUAACAGUAUCAUAAAGUCGACAACUUUGUUACCAAAAUCACUCUUUCCCACUUUUGACUGCCCAUCAAAAACCCUGAAAAGAUUGCUUUUUUAUAGCAAUACAAGAACUAGAAAGUUGACAGCUAAUGCUAGUUUUGCUAUUCAUGCUUCUUUGAUCGAGGCUCCAGUUUUAUGGGCUGGGAGGCUUUGUAUCUUUUAUGCACUGUUAAAGGCUGGUUUAGCUGGAUCAGAGGCUAACCCACUUGUUUCUGGCUUGGAUGGUGAUGGUGGUGUUGCUGGUACUGAAUCUGGUGACUUGGGGUUUUCGAAGUGGAUUGAGGCCAUACAAGGGAAACCAGAUAAAGAAGCAGCUGACAAAAGGAAACUGGUGAGCAAAUGGCAUCCCACAACCAAGGGUACACUCAGAAGGAACUACAGGGUGCCUUCCAAAUCUGAAGGGCGACGCCUUCUUAAAGGAAUUGCAGCUUUGCUAUCUGAAGAUGACCACUUUUUAGAAGCGACUUCUCACAAGGGCUGUCAAAUUAGGAGGGAGAGUGCUCAUGGUGAAAGUGUGUGCUGCAACAAUGUAAGAGCUCUCUUUGAUGAACUCCCAACCCCGCACUUGGUCGUGGAAAUUACAGCUUUUCCUGCUGGGCCUCUUACAGAUAAGGACUACAUCAAGGCUGAGAAACUGGAGAGGGUUCUUAGGUCUGCCCCUUCCAUCUGA